UUCCCUCUGACCUCUUGGGGGUGCUCUCAGCUCUCUGCUUCUCUCUCUCAAGUUGGAGUAUGCAUUAUCUCAGUGAAAUUUCCUGUGUAUGCAACCCUCUUGCUCUGCCUGACUAUCUCAGGGUUGCUCAGAGUGUGUGUGUAAGACACAGGAGAGAAAAAUUCUGGAGAAGGGUUAGCUCCAAUUUCAGUGAGCGAAGAUGGAUAUUUACUCCAGUCGUGCAAUGGACAGCACAUGGAAGGGCUGGCUGUUGCUGACAACUUUCUACUUGGCUUUCUACCAAGAACAGACAACAGCUUUCACGAUCACGACUCCUUACUCACUCUAUGUCUGCCCAGAAGGACAGAAUGUCACCUUGACAUGCAAGCUCACUGGGUCACUCUCUGCUCCACAUGACUUACUUUACAAAAUUUGGUACUUCAGCAGCAACAGAGACCAAAGCUGCUCUGAGAAGCAGCAUAUCCGCAACAUCUCUGAAAGGGACCUACAUCAUGAGCUGGGGAGGCAUCAUGGGACACACAGCAAUGUCACUGAAAAGUAUUUCCAUGGGGAGCGAGCAAACUACCAUGGGCUGGAGACCACCUCGGAUCACCAUGGGACAUUUCAUAUCAUCAUAAAGAACCUGACUCUGCAGGACAGUGGCAAUUACUGCUGUUAUGUGGUAGACACGAAAAAGGAACAUGGCAAACUGCAUACCACGCAAGUGUCUCAUGGCUUCAUGGAACUCCGCAUACAGAAAGCCAGAGAAGCAUUUCCAAAUUGCACAUUUCAUCUUGGUGCCAGCAAAGAAAAAGAAAAUUUCACAGCAGCUGCACUGGCAACAGGGGCAUGCAUUGUGGGCAUUCUCUGCUUACCCCUCAUACUGAUCCUCAUUUACAAGCAGAGACAAACAGUCAACAACAGGCGUGCCCAUGAACUUGUAAGAAUGGAGAGUAAUGCUCAAGGCAUUGAAAACCCUGUCUUUGAAGCAGUUCCAUCCACAAAUACAGAGUCCAGGCCCAAGCUGCAGAUGACAUAUAUUGCCAGCCGCCAGCCGUCAGAAUCAGGCAGACACCUUCUCUCAGAACCAAACACUCCACUGUCUCCUCCUGGCACAGGAGAUUGCUUCUUCCCAACACUGGAGCCUGUUCCUGAUUCUCCAAAUUUCAUGAAUGCAUAAAAUUGCUGAAGGAGCACAACUUCCGCUGAAUUAGUUGUCAGCAAUAAGGGAAAGUAUUUGGCUAUUGCUGGAGCAAAGGCUUUGUAGACAAGGCCACUUCUGAAGGGGAAAAAAAAUCACAGACACUUUCUCUGGCACCUCAUCGCUGCACAUAUUUUCCUUUGAACAUUUCUCAAAAGAAGAAAAAGAAAAAAAGA